AUCUACACUUCGCCGAAUAAAUAUAAAUUGUCUUGUUCAUGAAGAAAUAAUCAUUUACUUAAUCUUACUUUCACAAUUCACUCAGAUUUCUCUCUCUCUCUUUCUCUCUCUUUUUUCCAGAGAGACAUGGGAGGUUUUCCUAAUCUCCUCAGCUUCUUCCUCCUCCUCUUCUUCACCUCCCUCGUCUUUUUCUCCAAGGUCUCAAUCUCACAAGAUACCUUAACUGCGACUCAAUCUCUCGCAACAAACCAGACCCUCUUAUCACAGAAGCAAGUUUUCGAGCUGGGUUUCUUUACUUGGGGCGCUUCCAAAUGGUUUCUGGGAAUCCGGUACAAGAAUAUUGAGGGUCAAACUGUUGUCUGGGUGGCAAACAGAGACAACCCACUUGGGAAUUCCAAUGGAAUUCUCAAGAUCGGAGACAGAGGAAACCUUGUUCUUCUGGAUCAAACAGGAAAUUCCAUAUGGUCCACGAAUCAGACCACAUCUUCGCCUUCAAACCCAGUUCUCCAACUCUUAGAUUCCGGGAAUUUGGUUCUCAAGGAAGCAAACCAGAACGACCCCUCGAAGUAUCUAUGGCAGAGCUUCGAUUACCCCACAGAUACUCUGUUACCGGGCAUGAAACUCGGUUGGGACUUCGACACCGGAAUGGAGAGGCACAUAACGUCGUGGAGAGUCGCCGGAGCAGACCCGUCCACCGGAGACUACUCAUUCAAGGUCAAUUACCAUGGCCUCCCCCAGAUUUUCCUGCUAAACAAACAGAAAAUAGUGUACAGAAGUGGGCCCUGGAAUGGCGAGAGAUUCAGCGGAGUUCCCGAGAUGCAACCGGGUACAGAUUCCAUCAAGUUCAGCUUUUUCUCCGACGAACACCAAGUAUACUACACUUUCUCGAUCGGGAACCAGUCGCUGUUCUCGAGGCUCUCUGUGACCAACACCGAGCUUCAGAGAAUGACGUGGAUUGAGAGCACUCGAGUGUGGACCAAAUUCUGGUACGCUCCAAAAGACCAAUGCGAUUACUACAAACAGUGCGGUCCGUUCGGCGUGUGCGAUGCGAACGCGUCGCCGGUUUGCGUGUGUAUGAGAGGGUUCAGGCCGAGGAACUUGCAGGCGUGGAAUCUGAGAGACGGGUCUGAUGGGUGCGUGAGAAACACACAGCUGGACUGCGAGGGAGACAAGUUCUUGGAGAUGAAGAACGUGAAGCUGCCGGACACAACCUCGGUUUUUGCCAAUAGGAGCAUGAACAUUGUGGAAUGUGGGGAUUUGUGUCUCAGGAAUUGUAACUGUACCGCGUAUGCUAACAUAGAGAUCACCAAUGGCGGAACUGGGUGCGUGAUGUGGAGCGACGAACUCAUUGACAUCAGGCAAUAUCCUCACGGUGGACAGACUCUGUAUGUCAGAUUAGCAGCUUCUGAUGUAGGAUCUGCUAAUGGUUCUCACAAGACAAAAGAUGUCGUCAAGGUUGCUGGAAUUACAGUUGCUGCGGCUAUUAUACUUUUGGGAUUGGCUCUCUUUUUCUUAUACAAGAAAAAGAAAUUGCGACGCCUAAUCAAAGUGAAAACAGAAUACAGAGGAUCCUUAGAGAGAAGCCAGGAUAUGCUAAUUACUGAGGGAGUGAUUUCAAGUAACAGAGAGAACUCGUCAGAAAGUAGCAAGAUGGAAGACCUGGAGCUGCCAUUAUUUGAUUUUAAUACUAUAAGAAUGGCUACAAACAACUUCUCUGACUCAAAUAAACUUGGACAAGGUGGUUUUGGUACUGUUUACAGGGGUAGGCUUGUGGAAGGACAAGAAAUUGCUGUGAAGAGGUUGUCAAAAAGUUCUGUGCAAGGAAUUGAAGAAUUCAAGAAUGAGGUCAUGUUAAUAGUUAGGCUUCAGCACCGAAAUCUUGUUCGGCUGUUUGGUUGUUGCAUUGAGAUGGAAGAGAAGAUGCUGAUUUAUGAAUACUUGGAAAACAGAAGCCUUGAUUCCAUUUUGUUUGACAAAGCAAAAAGAUCUUUGUUGGACUGGCAAACGCGAUUCAACAUUAUAUGUGGAACAGCUAGAGGACUUCUUUAUCUACAUCAAGAUUCUAGGUUUAAGAUCAUUCAUAGGGAUCUCAAGGCAAGCAAUGUUCUGCUUGACAGAGAAAUGAAUCCAAAGAUAUCAGAUUUUGGGAUGGCUAGAAUUUUUACUACCGACCAAACAGAAGCAAAUACAUUAAGAAUUGUUGGGACAUAUGGUUACAUGUCUCCUGAAUAUGCUAUGGAUGGAAUCUUCUCAGUAAAAUCAGAUGUUUUUAGUUUUGGGGUAUUGGUGUUAGAAAUCAUUAGUGGCACAAAGAACAGAGGGUUCUACUACUCAAACAAGGAGCUAAAUCUUCUUGGACAUGCUUGGAUGCUGUGGAUGGACGGAAAUGCUUUGGAACUGGUAGAUUCAUCCAUUGGUGACUCAUAUGUGGAAUCUGAGGUUCUUAGAUGCAUACAAGUUGGACUCUUGUGUGUCCAAGAGCGUGCAGAAGAUAGGCCAACAAUGUCUUCAGUAGUUUUGAUGUUGAGUAGUGAAACUGCAACAAUGCCACAGCCCAAAAGCCCGGGAUUUGCGCUUGGAAGGAAUCCUGUGGAAACUGAUUCUUCUACAAGCAAGAUAGAUGAAUCAUGCACUGUGAACCAAGUUACAGUCACAAUGCUAAAUGCGAGGUAGUAGAAGUAUCUUUUGGCAUAUCUGUACAUUCCCAAAAAGUUUCAAAAAAUUGUCUCUUUGUUCCUUUUUCUGAUAUAGCUGCGGAAACUGUAAGAUCCAUGUCGAUCUUGUUUUGGUGCAACAUUGAAGAGAUACAUUCAUUAAAGUUUACUGCU